AUGGCGGACACUACGUGUGAACUCACACCACGAGACCCGAAGCCCUCAAUCCUGGAAAAAAUAGAUUGUUUGCAGACUUUUGAUCUAGGCUCGCCUGUCGCAUUGGAAGCGCCCGUGGAGAUUCAGAAGGCACCUACCCUUCCUCAGUCAACUCUGCAAAGUGCAUCUAUACCUCAUGAUGGCGGUACCCGCAAGAUGGUUUCUAACUCGACUACAUCAAAUCGACGGAAGCCGCACUACCAGCUGAGGAAGCGACUUGUGGGCCGACAUCCUGCCCGCCGCUGCCGUGGAGUGCUGAGUCCCACUAUACAAGCGUCUGUCUUAAGCUGCAUGAAGAGACCACCAUAG